CAAAUUAAUGAGAGUUUUUUGUAUAAUUGAAUUUUAAUAUGGAUAUAUUGUGAAUAUUGUAAUGAGAAAUGGGUGCAAAAGAUUCGAAACGCGCUUGUUUAAGCUAUGAAGAUGCUGUCAAACGCGUAUCGGAUGUAGAAUUUCGGCGAGUUUGUGAAGCAUUCAAACGACUAGCAGGAAGUGGUAAUACAAUUGGCAAAGAUGCAUUUACCUAUGAUGUAUUGGGUGAAUGUGUUCCAAGUGCCAUUGCAGAUUGGCUGUAUACGGCAUGUGGUGGAACAACUCGUGGAAUAGCACUUAGAGAAUUAAUAUGCGGAUUAGUUUUAUUAACAAGAGGAACACAAGAAGAAAAAAUUAAAUUUUUAUGGACUUUAUACUGCAACGAAUCGGGUUCAUGGAUUAUUAAAAAUGAUUUUAAUAAAACAUUAAAAUUGGAACAAUCGUUACGAACGGGGCGUGGUAAUCAUUACGGCGAUGGUGAUCAUUACUGUUCGUCAGCGUCGUUAUUUAGUAUGGGGCAGGACAAAGUGGGAUUUGAACAGUUUCGAUUAUGGUUAACAAUUAAUAAAGAUGGAACAGGUUUAUCACGAUGGCUACUCUUAGAACCAUGUGUCAGUUUAAGUUCUGAAUUAGAAAUGCCAACGUUUUAUCAAACCUUAGCUGGUGUUACACAUUUAGAAGAACAUGAUAUAUCGGAAUUAGAAAAAUGUUUCUGGGCGUUACAAAAUGGUUCAUCAUCUGAUCAAUUAGAUCUAACUUGCAUAAGUCCUCUUGUUUCCCCACCGAUACCCCAAAGUGUUUGUGCUGGCUUCUUUUUGGCGUUAGAUGAAAACCGAGAUGGUCAUAUUGAUUUUAAAGAAUUGUGUUGCGGUGUGAGUGCAGCAUGUCGUGGUCCUAUGGCAGAACGAAUGAAAUUUUGUUUUAAGGUCUUCGAUGUAGAUCGUGAUGGUAAACUAAAUCCUAAUGAAUUAAAACAUAUGGCGGAAGUUUUGGAGUUAGUUUCCAAAGAAAAUGAACAACAAUUACCAGUGAAAGCCAAUGAUCUGCUAAAAGGUUUUGAGAAUCAACUUGUUAAUGGAUGUUUAAGCCAAGAAGACUUCUUAAUUUGGGGUGUUCGAGAUGGUUGUCCAUCACAACAUUUCUUAGAGUUAUUAUUUGAAGUAUGUCAUGUAGCUUUAGGAUUGCGACCACAAUGUAGACAUAACGAGCAUGAUAUUGUUACUAAAUGGCUAGCUCGUGAAGAGAGGCGAGGAUAUUGUGUUGGUCAAUUUUGGUAUUUAAUUAGUUCAACUUGGUGGCGUUCGUGGCUCUCUUAUACAUCUACACGAUCUGAUUCGUGUACAUGUCGACCUGUUGAAGAAGGUAUUGCUUGCGAUGAAAGUUUUACGUCCAAUUCUACGGAAUCAAUGGGAGAUUUAUUGGGUCGCGGAGGAGGAGAUACCUCAAGUAUUGCAAGCAGUAGUGGUGUAUCGAGCAGUAGUGGUUCUUGUACAAAACGCUCAACAACUCCUGGUCCAAUCGAUAAUACAGCAUUAGUAGCCGAACCAAUGUAUAAAGUAGCAACGUUAACUGGAGAAGGUGGUCGUUUAAAACGUGAUUUAACAUUAGCUCAACAUAGGGAUUUUGAAUUAGUACCCGAUUCAUUAUGGAAAGCUCUUGCAUUAUGGUAUGGUGGUCCAUUACCCCUUCCACGGCAAGUAAUUCGUCCCCCUGGUAGUAGUGAAGUCGAUUUAGAAUUAUACCCAUUAAAUUUACGAAUUUUACGUCAUCAGUCAACAAAUCAAAAUGCGGGUGGCAAUGGGACAGCAUCUGCUUGGAGUGGAUAUGGUUCUGCUGUUGGAUUAACAUCGAAUAACGCACCAUCGGUGCCACGGCGAUAUUUAGCUCAUACUGCUGCAUUUAGUCGUUUAGCUUGUGUCCGACAAGUUGGAGAAUUUUUAGCACAACGCUUAGUACUUCGAAUCGAAGAUAUUCGAUUAUGGCAUGUGCCUAAUUCAGAUCAAUUAAUUUUAUUAGAAGAUGAAAAUAUUUCAUUGCAAGACUUAGGAAUAUCGGAUGACGAUCAAAUAUUAUUAGAAGUUCGAAACAAAGACUUGACAUGGCCAGAAGAAUUAAGUGCACUUUGUACUGGAGGGCAAGAACGUCGCGUUACGUCAUCUCCACCACCUGGUGCUACGGGUUUACAUAAUUUAGGAAAUACUUGCUUUAUGAAUGCAGCUUUACAAGCUGUAAGCAAUACGCGACCUUUAAAUCAGUAUUUUAGUAAAGAUAUGCAAUUAUGUGAGAUUAAUUCAAAUAAUCCAUUAGGAACACGGGGACAAUUAGCCAGACGGUACGGUGAAUUAUGUCGAGAAUUAUGGGGCGGUAGCGGGCAACGAUCAAUAGCUCCAUUAAAAUUGAGAUGGUGUGUUACAAAACAUGCACCACAUUUAGCCGGCGGUGGGCAGCAUGAUUCACAAGAGCUAUUAGCUUGGCUUUUAGAUGCUUUACAUGAAGAUUUAAAUCGUGUUGCAGUCAGUCCUUAUACCGAAUUAAAAGAUUCCGAUGGGAGACCGGAUUGUGAAGUGGCGAAAGAGGCAUGGGAUCAACAUUUAGCUCGAAAUAAAUCGAUAAUAAUAGAUUUAUUUCAUGGUCAAUUGAAAUCAAAAGUCACAUGUCAAACGUGUGGACAUGAGUCAGUACGUUUUGAUCCAUUUAGUAUGUUGAGUUUACCGUUACCAAUGGAAAGUUUUACGUUAUGUGAAGUGUUAGUGAUACGUUUAGAUGCUUCAAUACCAAUUAAAUAUGGUUUACGGUUAAAUUCAGAAGCAACAUAUUUGGAAUUAAAAAAACAUUUACAGCCAAUGUGUGGUAUCAAUCCAGAACAUUUAUUAUUAGCUGAAAUAUCAAACUCACAGUUGAAAUAUUUACCAGUUGAUUCACAUAAACUUAAAAAUGCAAAUGUUAUUGAAUUAUUUGCUUAUGAAAUGCCUAGUACUGAUGUUCAUUUACCAGAUGUUACACAUGUUACAACACAACCAACAAAAAAUUCAACAAAAGAAAUAUUAGCGUCCACAAAUAGUUCAUCAAAUGGAUGUAAAGUAAAUAGUACAUUGUUAAAUGGUGGAAAGGAUAUUACAUCAAGUGUAGAAACCUCUGCUGCUCAAAAUCAAGGCACGGCCGAGGUAAGGUGGAACUCAGCGUUGUGCAUGCCGAAUCUAUUCUGCUUUAAGUCAACAAAUAAUUGUCAAACAAAUACUAGGUCCAACAGUAUUCAAUUAAAUGAAAAUCAUUUACAUCCUACAUGUGGUAAACAAUCGUCAUACAUUGUAGCAAUACAUCGAAAAAUGGUACGACAAGAGGCAUAUUUUUUAUCACAACAUAAAUGUAAGCCAAUUAUAUUUGGUGUACCAUUAUUAUUGGGAUAUAAAACUGGUCAAACUACAUGUCAAGAAUUAUAUGAAGCGGUUUGGGCACAAGUUACACGACUUUUGAGUCCUAUGCCUCAAACUGAUCAAACUAAUCAUGCUACUGACUGUGAUGAUUCAUUAGGCUACGAAUUUCCAUUUACAUUAUGUAUUGUUGGUGCAAAUUUUGGUAAUAGAUGGUGUGGUUUAUGUCCAUGGAAUAAAUUUUGUCGUGGUUGUCAUUUACCAUGUCGUUCAAUACCAGUAUCAGAAGCAUUUAAUAUGUUAAACCAUUCAAAUUCAACAGAUUUACGUUUAAAUGUUGCUAUUGAUUGGGACCAAACAGCAUUACAUUUACGAUACCAAAAUUCAAGGGAACGUGCAUGGAUUGAAGAUGAUACUGUAAAACAAUGUCGUAAAAAACAUACAGAGCCAAUAGACUUAGAUCAUUGUUUGAGUGCCUUUACGUCUGAAGAACGUCUUGAAGAAAAAUAUCAUUGUAGUUCAUGUAAAAGUUCACAGCCUGCUACCAAAAAAUUACAAAUAUGGAGACUACCACCUAUUUUGGUGGUCCACUUAAAAAGAUUUGACUGCGUUAAUGGUAAAUGGGUAAAAACACAAAAGGUAGUCAAUUUUCCAUUUAGUGAUUUCGAUCCAACUGGAUAUUUAGCAAGUGUUCCUCAGGAGACAAUACUACGACACCGAGAGUUACGUGAUCAUUUAAAACAAACCUCUAAAAACACAUCGUCAUCCGACGAGAAUGUAUCGCAAUCAACAAGUGGCGUUCGAGAACGAUUGAUAUCAACAAGUUUACGUCGAACACCGGUUGAUGAUGAAGAUUUGCAAGAUUUUCAUCAGCAUCAUUUAGCGGAAGGUCAAGAUCCAUUUGACAUGAAGUAUCAAUUAUACGCAGUUGUGAGUCAUUCUGGUAUGUUAAAUGGUGGGCAUUAUAUUUGUUAUGCCUGUAAUCCAAAUGGAUCAUGGUAUUGUUAUAACGACAGUUCAUGUCGAGAAGUGGCACGCGCUUUGGAUACAACAAAUGAUGGUAUAAAAUCAAAAAUACCAAAUAUGGAUACAAGUUCAGCAUAUAUAUUAUUUUAUGAACGGUCUGGUUUAAAUUAUACACCAUAUUUUCCUGAUACAUCGAAUGGUUCCGUAUCUGUACAGGAUACUGAUAGUGAUGACGGUGACACAGAUCCACGUAAAAAUUGUGUUAUUUCAUAAUUUUAGGUAAAACAAAUUUUUUAUUUUAUGUGUGAAUAUUAAAAAUAUAUUACGAUCAAUUAUUUUUUAUGUUAAUUUAAUUAUAAUUAUGUAUAUUUUACGUUACGCAAAUAUAUACGCAGGAUUUUUACGAAAUUACGGAACAAACUAUUUAACAAAUAAUACGACUUAUCAAUAAGCAAAUAAUUUACGAAUUAAAUAUUCGGGUGGAUUGCAAACUUAGUUUUUCUAGAAUGUGUAUAACUUUUUUGUAUCUGUUUAGAAGUUAUGUUUAGAAUUUUAAGAUCUGAAAAAUUCAUCCAUACUAGGGGAAAUCGCGGCAGAGAAGCUUCGCCCUAUAUGCGUCGCUCCUGGUCUCAAAUCCUGAACCUUCAUUUGCUUAUAUUAGCACUUUUCGUUAGGAAACAUCUUUGUUUCCAUUUGAUGUUUUAAAGGAAGGUAUAGGAAACUUACAGAGCUACAUGCUAAGCAGCUGAUUACUCGGUGCUGUUAUAAAAACAAAGUUUUUCUUUUUGAUAAGUUCUGUCAUCUGUUAAAUGUUUUUCAAUAUUUUCGAUAACGAACUGUGUAAUAAAUACAAUAAUUGAAAUGAAGACUAAAUAUUGAUUCGAUCAUAACUAUUGUUUAACAAUAAAAUACGGCCAUUAUGUAUUAUAUAGGUCUGAGGCUAUAGCCAUAUUUGAAUCGCCUGUAUUUUAGCUACA